AUGGCUUCGAGCGAGGUGACGAAGCUUCAGCAGCACCUGGCGCUGCUGAAAGAAGAGUAUGGUAAAUUACAAAGUCAUUGCGCUGAGGUGGAGCGCAAAUACACGCUGGCGGCUGCAUCGGCCGGCGACUUGAGCGAGACCAGUUUUGUAGCACGACUGCUCAUGACUGUUGCCACUUUGUAUGGCAGAGAAACGUAUUCGGAUAUCUCAAUCAAGUUGCAGAGUAAAUCCAUGCCUGGACACAAGUUUGUGUUGAAUGCACGUUCUGAUGAUUGGAAUGAAGAAGCUCUUAAGAAUCUGGAUGAAUUAGACUGGACCAAUCUUCCAGAUGACAUUGGAGCGGCUCUUCUUAAGUGGCUUUAUACAGAUGUAGUGGACCUCUCUAGAGGUGACAGUUUUGCAUUACAACUAAUGAAGUCAGCAGCUGGCUUUAAGUUACAUGGACUAGUUGGGAAAUGUGAACAGGCGCUUAUAGCUUCUGUGGGAGUGAGGUCAUGUGUAAAGUUUUAUUCAGCUGCAGAUGAGAUUGGUGCCUCUGCACUCAAAGAACAUUGUUCAGGACUUAUAUCUGCUCACUGGGAUGAUCUGACAGGAGAGGACUUCGCGCAUAUGUCGUCAGCGCUCCUGUACAGAAUGUUGAAGAGUAAGACUUCGCAGCCGCUGCAUGGCGCAGUGCGCCUGUUGCGUGAAGAUGUCGUCUUCCUGUGCCUCGUCGAGAACCAUGCUAACGUGAGUAAUUCCUAUUUUCCUACUCUAUAA